AUGUUGGCGCACGACGACCACGUCGCCGGGCUUCGCGCGAUGCUCUCCGAGCUUCGGGCACGCUGCCCGACGCUGUGCCCCUCCGUCAUUCCGGAUGGCUACGACGACCGCGAGCGCGGCACCGCGCUCGCCGCGCUCUGCGGCGCGAACGGCGCAGAGGAGCGCGCCGCGCUCGCUGACGUCCUCGUGCGGGCCCGCCGCGGGCAGCAGGCCUGCGCGUUGACGGGCGAGGCGGUGGGCUCGGAGUCGGAGCUCCGCUUCGUCUCGCAGUGGGACCUCGACCCGUCUGGGCUCACGAUGCGGCUGCGCCGCUGCUCGUUUGUGUGCCAGCGGGCCGCGUUGCUGCUCGACCCUCUUCUGGUGCUGGAGCGCUUUGCCGCGCACCACGCCGGGGCCUCGGAGCUGAGUGAGCUCACCGCGCUCUUCUGCACGGCCAACGGCCGCGCCGAGAUGCUCGAGAAGCCGGCGCGCGCACUCGAGUGGCUGCAGCAAUGCUACUCGUUGGCGUAUUCCUGCCGCGUCGUUGCGAGCAGCCUCGGCGAGUGGCGGCUUCAGAGCGAGGAGGGCGCGGAAAUCGGCAGGCCGGUGCACCGGGUCGCGGCGCGCUUGCUUGGUCUCGGCGAAGGCGCGGGGAGGAAGAAGGUCGGCGAGAGGCGCAGCCCGGCGUCCGCAAAGCCUGAGAGGAGGAGGGCAGCUGGGACAACGCCGAGCAAGGCAACGCCGAGGGCAACGCCGAGCAAGGAGCCGCCAAAGGCGACGCCCAAGCGGCAGCGGGCGCCCUCCCAGGGACGUGCGAGCGGCGAGGAGGCUGCGUCGGGAAAGCGGCGUCGCAAGGCGCUAGCCGCGUAG